GACAGUGAUCGAGCUGAAAGGCUGUCAAGACACUUCCAACUGUGACCGCUUCCUAUUAUUAUGUCAUUUUGAAGUAUAACACUCAGAACUACAUUCAGGUAGACUAAUGACUGGUGGUGUUGUCAGGGAGACCACUGUCCACAUCAGCUGUCAUCUCAAUCACUCACCUGUUUACAGGCAAAGGUUUAGCGUUAGAGAACACGGCGGUGGAGCCUCCAGGAGAUGGAUCUGGCUCCUGAAAAUAAGCUCACCUCCAGCAAAUUAAUUUAGACACACUGCAGCAAAGGUAAGCGCGCCGUGGCAACAGGGAAGAUAAAGGUUAUGUGAUAUAUCAGGCUGCUUCAUUACUGUACCUCGCUCUCCAGACGGAGGGGGCUUUUAUUUUCCGCAGUAUUUUUUGAACUCCGAAUUUAAUCCUGCAGAGUUCAGACAACGGCUAGUGUGUCAGAAGGAGGGAGUCGGGGAGAGUCGAGGAGAGCCUGUGCUGAAUGCACUUUCAUCUGUUAAGUCUCAUGCCCAACUCUGUCUGUCGAUAUGUUCUGGCAGGCUCUCUGCAGCCAAAGCCUGAGCCUUCCAAACAAGACUGGCUGCUGGGGGGUGGAGGGGGGGCAGAGAGGACUGGCUGGUAAAUUGGCAGCCCUGGGAAUACAGGGUCCUCUCCCAGCCCUGGAUUCGCCCACUCACAUGCUUCCAUUCCCCUUUUUACCCUUGACCACUGACCGCCUGCACUCCCUCACGCUGGCCAAAAUAAAUCUGCCUUUCUAACGUGUCAUCUGUUCAUCGUCUUCCCCUCACCCUCCUCACUCUCCCUUCUCACCCAUGCACUCUUUUUAUUUUUUCAAGUCUCUGCAUUAGAGUCUGUGCCUCCCUGGUUCUCACACUCUGCUCCAAAGUAUAUUCCUCCUCCUCAUCAGCGUGUCUCUCUGUCCUGAGGAACGAACCUCUGCCUCAUUUUGUUGAUCACAUCCUUCAACAAUGGUGCAAAACUCACACUCGCUCUCCAGACAAACACAGCAGCCCACAUACACACUGGUACGCUCACGCAGGCGUGCACUGUAGGCAUACUAACCAAAUCUGUUUGAAGUGUGGGACCCUAAAAGAAGAGAGGGCUCCUGUGGGCAUUAAGUAUUCAUGUGACGUGUGCUGGGCUGCAAAUGUGCACGCGUGUGCGCCGGGGUUUGUAUGAAACUCUUUUCCUUUGUGUGUCUGUCCAUGUGUGUGUGUGUGUGUGUGUUGAGAGUGUUGAAUGGGAAAGAGAAUACUUGCAAAUUGCGCCGCGAGCAGCCAGCAAUCGAGUGCUGACACCUCGUCUGGCAGUCAGAGGGAAAAAGGGGCUGGGCUGAGAAAAAAGAAAGAGAGAGAGAGAGAGGGGAGAGAGAGAAGGCAGUGUGUGUGUGUAUACGGGUGAGUGAGGAAGAGAGAGGCAACGGCAGAGAGGGAGAGCCAGAAUGAGAGAGAAAACGCGGCAGGACAGCUGCCAGCAUUUCUCCGACAGCAUUGGAAGGACAGAGAGGCGGAACCAGAGUAUGAGAUUCUCCUCAUUCUCUGCCACCCGAGGAAAUCUUCCAGGCUAGCCGUGCGUGUUGAUCCUGUCUGCUCCUCAUUCUGCCUGUGAACAGCACAGACUCUGGAGGAACACGGGCAGCAGGACCUGCAGCCUCCCACAGCAGCCACGCCAGAGUGGAUUUACUGAAUGAGAGACUGGAUGAGGAGAACUGAGUUGGAGAAGAAGCUGUUGCGCUGAGGUUUUCUUUUCUUUUUUAGUAGCUUCUGAACUGAUGCUGAACUUUUGCUGGUGAAGAGGCAUUGUGGUGGGGUGGCGGGGUGGUUUGGGUGUUUUACUGGAGGAUCUUUUUCUCAUCAUCAACAUCUCUCAGCUCCUAAGAAGCUUUUUUUUGGGGACUACCUGCAGACCCUCACUGUGAUCCGACUGUUAUCCCAGGGGACCCUCACCUCUGCCCUGCCCAACCUGGUGCUUGGUUACUCUAACGCCCAUGCCUUGUCCUCCUCCUCCUCCUCCUCCUCCUCCUUUUCCUUCUCCUUUACCCACCCCUCCUGCUUCUUACAAACCUCUGUGAAACCAAGUGGAACCUCGAUGAUUGCGAUUGCAGCAAAAAGGACCCCCGAUCCCCAACUAGUGAGCAGCCCCGCCUUGCUGCGAUUUCUCGAAGACUAUGUUGGCCUAUCACACAUGCAAGUAAUGGAGAGCAGCGAUAAAACGACCAUGGACUACAAAGUUGAACUCUAUCACUUGUCUCUUUUUUGACUAUGACCACCAACUAGACAAUGGAUUGGAAAGAGCUGGCAGCUCAGAAGCUGAACCUGUCCUCAAAACGGAAGAAGCACCAGCCGUCUCUGCUCCACCCACAGGAGCCCUCCAUCUACCCCACCAACUUCAGCGGGAUCCUGCAGGUGUCCCCGCCCCCGGCCCCGCCAUGCCUGCUCCGAGCUGUGUCCAAAGUGAAAGAGAAUCCAGGGAUGGGAAAGGUAAAGGUGAUGAUGCGCAUCUGUCCUUCCCUGGAGACCGCGGACUCUUCAGAAUCUCAGUCCUUUUUGAAGGUGGACAGCAGGAAGAAGCAGCUGACCCUGUACGAUCCUGCGUCCAGUCCACACUCCGGUUCAGGACACAGGAGAUCUGCCACCGUGGCUGUUCCAAAGAUAUUUGCCUUCGAUGCUGUUUUUACCCAGGAUGCCUCACAAGCGGAGGUGUGCUCCGGGACGGUAGCCGAGGUCAUUCAGUCGGUGGUGAAUGGUGCAGACGGAUGCAUCUUCUGCUUCGGCCAAGUGAAGCUCGGCAAGACAUACACCAUGAUUGGCAAAGACAGUUCCACUCAGAACUUGGGCAUCGUGCCCUGCGCCAUUUCCUGGCUCUUCAAGCUAAUCAAUGAACGCAAGGAGAAGAUGGGGACGCGCUUCUCGGUCCGAGUGUCCGCGGUGGAAAUCUUUGGAAAAGACGAGGAGCUGAAAGACUUGCUGUCGGAGGUGUCAACGGAGAGCGUACAGGAAGGCCAAUCCCCGGGAAUCCACCUGAGAGAGGAUCCCAUCUGCGGCACUCAGCUCCAAAAUCAGAGUGAGCUGCGUGCACCCACAGCUGAGAAAGCCGCCUUCUUCCUGGAUGCAGCCAUCUCUGCACGCAGCACCAACAGACCGGAUGCAGACGAGGAAGAUCGGCGCAACUCCCACAUGCUGUUCACGCUGCACAUUUACCAGUACCGCAUGGAGAAAAGCGGCAAGGGAGGAAUGUCAGGUGGACGGAGCAGACUGCACCUCAUCGACCUGGGAAGCUGUGAGAAGGUCCCGAGUAAGAGCAGAGAUGGAGGGGGAGGCUUGUGUCUGUCUCUGAACGCACUGGGAAAUGUCAUCAUGGCGUUAACAAAUGGAGCAAAGCAUGUACCUUACAGGGAAAGCAAACUGACAAUGCUGUUGAGGGAGUCCCUUGGCAACAUCAACUGCAGAACCACCAUGAUCGCCCACAUCUCUGACUCCCCUGCCAACUAUGCUGACUCACUCACCACAAUCCAGCUGGCAUCGCGGAUACACCGCAUGCGAAAGAAAAAAUCCAAGUAUGCAUCCAGCUCUUCAGGGGGAGAGAGUUCUUGCGAGGAAGGCAGAAUCCGCAGGCCACCACACCUCAGGCCCUUUCACCCUCGAACAGUAGCCCUGGAUCCAGAACUGCCUGCUUUUCUCAGUGACCCAGACUACUCCUCCAGUAGUGAGCAGUCCUGCGAUACUGUCAUUUAUGUGGGGCCCGGGGGGACUGCGAUUUCAGACAGAGAACUUAGUGACAAUGAAGGGCCACCUGCUUUUGUUCCCAUCAUCCCUUCACUGAAUAAAAAGAGGUCUGUUAAAGAGGGCCCUCUGGACAGGGACCAGUUUUUUAAAUGCAACACAUUCGCUGAGCUGCAGGAGAGGCUCGAGUGUAUAGAUGGCAGUGAAGAACCCACUGCCUUUGUGGGAGAGGGUAAGCGAAGUCAGGCAAGCCCAAAGACUGAAAAACUAAGGGAAAGCCAAGGAUGUGCUUCACCAAAGACUGUAGUAAACAAUGCUCUCAACCAAGAGGCCAUCACACCCAAACAAACUGGGAAAUCUGUCACCACACCACAGCCGUGCAGUCCAAACUCCAAAUCUAAACUGGACAAUACAAAGAUACCGUGCAUACCUGAAGAACAGGGAACCCUGGAACAUGUCCCCACUGUAUGCAGAACCAGUGCCGAUGGUGAGAAGGUCUUGAUUUCUGAGAGUCAGGUUGAUGCGGAUAAAUCAGCGGCUCUAAACUCUCAGCCUGUGGUACGGGAAAAGGUCUUUUUCAACAAGAAAGGACUGCCGAAGCCGGCCCCGCCCCCCUCACAACAGCGAGAGAAUGCAGACGUUGUGGAAAGAUCAAGCACCAGAAUGCCACCUGUGGGAAUGAGCCACCAAGCUGUAAAGAAGAAGGAACCCUGCACUUCUCAUUUGUUCAGGGCUCCAUUGGAGGUAUGCCAGGUUCGCUCCGCUUUAAGGGAAAGGUGUCUGGAUCGCGACAUCCUUAGAGCCACCGUCACUCUACAGCAGCCUAUAGAGCUAAACGGAGAGGAUGAGCUAGUGUUCACAGUGGUGGAGGAGCUCUCUAUAGGCAGCAUUGUAGAUAAAGGGAGGCCAUCCAGCAUUAUCAGCUUCAACAGUGACUGUUCUCUCCAGGCCUUGGCUUCUGGCUCCAGACCUGUCAGUAUCAUUAGCAGCAUUAAUGACGAAUUUGACGCAUACACAACGGCAGAAGGACGACUGGAGGGCAACAUGGCAGCGGUCACACCUCUUCAGGGCGGAACAAUGGAGUGUGCCAAUAGCAGAGGUUCAUCUAUCAGCUCUUGGCUGAGUGAAGUUAGUGUCUGCACCUUGGAGAGUGAAGGGGCUCAUUCCACAGAAGUCUUCCUUCCUAAUUCCAAACAGAUGGGUCAAGAGGCCACAUUUUGUUUUGAUUCGCUGGACAUGUUCCAUUGUGUAUCCUCUCCCAGAGAUGCCAAAAACUCCUUGAAUGACAGUGGAUUUAGUUUUUCUGAACAAGACAGUGACAGCACUGCCUCCAGCAAACUGUCCUUGACAAAGUGCCCUCCAUCUCCAGAAUCAGCCAAAGGCUCUCUAAGAUUGACGUCUAAAAUAAGUAAAGCUCAUUCUCUUAGUUCUUCCCAACUACCACAGUCCCCCACUCCAGUCCACUCCAGCCUUCCUAGGAAGAUGAAACCUACCUCAUCCAUCCCUCAUAGUAGUAGUAGUAGCUGUAGCGGCAGCAGCAGUAGAGAGCAACCAAGGCAUGAGACUAAACAGGAGGAUCCUUGGCAUCGCAGUGACAACCACUCAGAACCUCAGUUUUCUGAAACCAACAGCACCAGCCGAAUUCCCAGGAACCCAACCAGUGGCAUACCUUUGAGCAAAACAUCCAACAACACUAACAGCAUACCUCGUCCGCCAAAGUUGCAGGGAUCUACCUCAUCCCAGAGGGUGGUCGAUGGCUGUGAGAAAUCAGCUAUUAAAAAUCCGCCCAGUAAAAUGCCCCAGCUGAGACGAGGUGCCACUACACUAGGAACAGUGCCGGUCAUCCAUUCCACCACAGAUUCCAGGGCAACUCAUGAUAUUAUGGCAUCAACCACAAGCCUUAAAUUUUCCUCUUUAGGGAAAAACAACAAGGCUAGCUCACAGAAAGCAAGUAACCUCCCGAAACUUGGUUGCACCUCGCCUCCUCCCCCGCCAGUACGGAAGUCCAGUCUUGAUCAUAAGCCUAAGACCCUGCUACCCCAAAGUGCCUUAAAGUCACCGUAUGGGGAUACAGGAAGGACCUCUGGAAUAAGGGCCGCUGUAUCAGAGGAGCAGCUUGAUGUGCGGCACAGAGCAGAGUCCAUCGGUUUGAAAACGUCCAGCUUCAACACAGCCAAAGUUACAUCCAGCCUGAAGGCUAGAGGGCAUAGAGGGGACUCUGGGCAGCAUUAUGGCAGCCAAAUGUCACUAGAAAGGUGUGAAAGUCUGUCCUUAUCAGGCUCCAGAACUGCUCUCAGCAGGGAGAACAGUGGGGCAAGUUUAGGAAGUAACAAAUCCAACAGGUCCAUUCCAAGAAUUGGUGUUCCAAAUUCGUCCAGUGCACCCAUAGCCCCUUGUUCGUCAUCCACGUCUGGAGGAAAUACUGGCAAAUCUGGUCAGGUAAAAGCCUCUGCAAACCCUAAGGCAAUGGGAACAGUUGGUGGUAGUAAGGCGCGUUCACUGUCUGCAAACAAUUCAAAGGGCCUGAGCUCCUCCAAUAAAUCUCUGUCCACACCUGUGACCAGAAAUACCAACGCCAACCUCCCUCCAUCGGGACGAACAUCUGCUACUCGGACAACUGCUGCUGCAGGUAGCAAGCCUGGAAGAGGAACUAUUAUGGGCACAAAGCAGGCCAUUAGGGCUGCCAACAGUCGCGUGAGCGAACUAGCAACGGGCACCCCGACUGGCAAACACAUGAGAGGUUCAGGUGACUCAGAUAGUGGGAAUGACAGCGGGGUGAAUGUGAGUGAAGACAAAUCCCCCACAGCCAUGCUGCCAUCUCCGUACAGUAAAAUCACAGCCCCCCGACGGCCGCAGCGAUACAGCAGUGGCCAUGGAAGUGACAACAGCAGUGUGUUGAGCGGGGAGCUGCCUCCAGCUAUGGGCAGGACAGCUUUGUUCUACCACAGUGGUGGCAGCAGCGGAUAUGAAAGUAUGAUCCGUGACAGCGAAGCCACCGGCAGCGCUUCCUCUGCCCAUGACUCCAUGAGUGAGAGCGGCGUGUCUUCAUCGGGAAGAACGAGAAACUCCAAGUAUCCCAAGAAGAGAGCCAAUGGUUUUCAGAGACGACGCCUGAUCCCAGCACCUCUGCCAGACACAUCUUCCCUGGGGAAGAAGGCUGCCACGGCUGGUCAGUGGGUGGACCUGCCUCCAAUGUCUGGACCACUGAAGGAACCAUUUGAGAUCAAGGUGUAUGAGAUUGAUGAUGUGGAAAGACUCCAGAGGCGGCGCCAUGAAGAAGCCACAGAGCAACCAUUCCAGGAUGUUGACAAGGGCCUGCUGUAUUUCAACACUAAGCUGAAAAUGCUGGAGAGAAGGCAACAGCAAGUGAGGGAGCUGAAAGUGAAGCACGAGACGUUGUUGGAAGAGCUGGAAGACACAAAGGCCCGUCUGAUGAUGGACCCCAGCAAGUGGAUAGGAGAGUUUGAGGUGGACCAGAAUUUAGAUAAAGAGUCCUUGGAGUAUCUGGAGGCCCUGGCACAGGCCACAGAGGAGCUGGAGUUCUGUGUCAACCUAUGCAAGUCCCGCGUCAUGAUGGUUACCUGCUUUGACAUCAGCAUGUCGACGCCUGGCACACAGGAGGGACUGCGCGAGGUGGAAGUUUGAGAGGGAAAAAAGCAAGUCGAGGUGGAGAGAUGAGGAAGUGAACAGAAGGAUGAUAAAAGAAAUGUAGCAGCCUGCCAGUAGUCAACCACUGGAAUGAAGAACAACAGGAGACAGAUGAGACUGAGUGAGAGUGGAAUGUGCCAUGAAAACAGAGAACAUCGCCGCCACCAAACUACAGUGCCUCGUUAUCAAGGACAUGGUUUUUAAAGACAGAGGUGAAACGCGAGCACAAAUGUUGCUGUCCUAAUGGCAAGACAAAUGCCAUCACUUACUCAAAAGUCAACAACGCCUGGAAGUGCCUUUUUAUUAUUUUGUUUCAAGUUGUUAUUUUUCAUAUGGUGCAGGUAUCUUAAGUAUACCUUAGCAAACCCUGAACAUAUUGCUUUUAUGAAAAAUAUUUUCUAUUGCAUUGUAUAGUGUAUUUAUAUGAUUAUGUGGUAUGUACAAAUAUCCUUUAAGGGAAAAAAAUAAAAAGAGAAAAAAAGAAGAAAAAAAGCAAUAAGCUAAUGUUAUUGCGUUCCCAGACUUUGCCUUUUCUCUUGUUUCAAAACCUCAGUCAGCAUUUUUUCCAUUUUCAUUCAGCCUCCUGCGCCUUAAGUUUUACUCUCUGGUCCUGCAGUUUUCUAGAUUUUCAAACCGGAUGACGUUAUCUCAUCCACGAUCACAUUUGCUGUAUUCAUUCAUCUCCUGCCGGCUGGAUUUUAAAAGCUCGCAGAGCUGAGUGAAUGUGUUGUCCCUGCUAUUGCCUUGAUCAAAAUGGGUCUCAGAGGAUGCUCUAAGGUAGAGCAGCAGUCAAGCAGGGGUAUAGACGAUGACAGAAGGCUUAUUCAAGCUGUGCUUGUCCAUGUUUAUCUCACUGAGAACAAAUUAUUUAGCCAAAACAUAUCAAUCCAAGGGCCACAGUGAUUGGUGGUUAUUUUUAUUUUAGCCAUCCUCUCCGGUACCUCACUGGGUGGUUUAGCAAACCUGAGAGACUUAACCUUCUCCACACUCGCCUGUGAAUAGAGUGUAAUGAACAGAUAACAGCGCUCAUCACAGAGCCUCAAGUGGAGAAAAAUUAUAGUAAAACAAGGAGGCACAGAUGAGAUGAGCACAGGUCAACAGGCCUCGAUCCAUUACAAUUUAAAGUGCUGUUGUUUUGGCUCUAUGCAUUCCAGUACAUUAACUGCAACUUACUGUUACAAACCUCAUUACUGACUUAAGGGCAACGACACAGUUUUAGCCUCCUGCUCCUUUUUCUAAAUGGACAGAUGGAAGUGGAAUCACGUGUCCGAGAAUGACUGCAGAAUAAUUGUGUUCUGGGAAAUGAUGCAGUGAACAAAUACAACUGAGCAUGACGUUGUUUAGCAGAAUCAAUCAUGAAAUCAGCUUUUAAAGCUGCUCGAAUGUGUUUGUUGAAAAUUUAACGGCUGAUGAAGAGAGAGAGAGAGAGAUCAACGAUGAUUGUGGAGUAAAACAAACUGGCUUUGUAUUUGGUGUGUUUGAUUUCUAUAUCUAUGAUGGAAAUGACUUUCUUUUCUUUUCUUUACAAAGAUGUCUCAGGCCCUUUCUGAAGAUGCUGCAUGAGAUUUUUUAUUCACUUUUUGGAAUGAUUUCUACUCCAUUUUUUACCAUUAUGUUUUUGGUUUUGUUUUUGUUUUGUUUUUUACGAUACUUUCAGUUUUUAAUUAUGUGGGUUAAGGCUUGUUAAUUAAAUAACUAUUACCAAACCAAGACUUUUUCAAUAAAUUAUUGUAUGUAAGGCCAUAUUUCAUAUCGAAACCCAUAUUUUCCAAAUCCCUUUGCUUUUGUACGGGACUUUCAGACCCUGUGUAUAAAUGUAUGAUAUGGCAGCUUGUGUUUAACUUUUACAGUACAGUAACUGUGAAUAAAAUGGUUCUACAUAC